ACGUUUUGCACCUUCCUCCCGGCAGAGCGUCUCCCUGCGCCGGCGAUGGCCCUGCCCAGCAUUCAGCUCUCCGACGUGCAGCGGGACUCGCCCGGCCAGGCCGAGCUGCGGCACCCCAUGCAGCCCGGCAUCAACAAGAUCAUCGUCUAUGAGCGCACCGACUUCGAGGGGCUGAGCCGAGAGUUCACGUCCGACGUGCCAGACCUGCACGAGCUGGACUUCGGGGACUGCAUCUGCUCGCUGCGGGUGGUGGGGCAGCCGUGGAUCGCCUACACGGCCCCCAAGUACGAGGGCGACGCCUACGCCCUGGAGGAAGGCGAGUACCGGACGGUGGAGAAGAACAAGGCUUUCUCCGCGCUGCGGCUGGUGCCCCACGACUUGGCCGACCCGCAGAUCACCCUGUACGAGGAGCCCGACUACGCGGGCCAGAGCAAGGUGGUGACGGAAGAGACCAACCUCACCUAUGGCUACUUCAAUGACCGGGUCUCCUCCCAUGUGGUGCAGCGCGGCGUCUGGCUGCUGUACAAACACCCGGACCGCGGGGGCUGGUAUCACAUCGCCUGGCCUGGCGAGCGCCUGCCCGACUACAAGCCGGAGCUUGGCUUCCACAACUGCCUGUCCCACCUGCGCCCACUGGUGCCCGGCCGCCCCGCCGUCACCGCCCGCAUCCUGUGGGGCCAGCGGAAGGUGGAGGACGAGCGGGAUGUGCUGAUCGACGAGAUCGUGGGGGUGAACGCCACGGACCUGGAGCAGACGUUCACCACCUGCAGCAGCCGGGAAUACGUCACCACCACGCUGCAGAGCUUCCGCUUCAGCAACGCCACCAGCCUGCGGGUAGGGCUCUCCUUCACGCUGGCCGUGGAAGCCGCCAACGUCUUCACCGUGGAGAAGGGGCGCAGCGAGUCCAGCACCCGGCGGGAUCGGGUGGAGGUGCUCCUGCCAGCCAAGAUCCCGCCCCGCACCCAGCUCACCAUCCACGUGGUGAGCAAGGAGACCACUGUCUCGGUGCCGGUGGAGCUCACCAUCAGCCAGAACGAGCGGACCAAGACGGAGCUGGGGGAGUACCGGUGUGUGUCAGGGCGCACCAUCGGCACCAAGUACACCAUGAAACCGGCCCCGCCGCCGGGGGGGGAGCAGGCCCCCACCCCCAGCACCCUGGGCCAUUGAGGAGCUUCCAGACCUGCUCCCGGCACUGAGCCAAACUGGCUUA